CGUGAAUGCAACUACUUUCACGACUUUCGUGAGUUGAAUCUACAGUCCACCGCUCUGCCAACUGAGCUAUCGACGGAUGCAGUGAACACAACUAGGAAAAGGACAAGUUGCUGUACAGUGAAAGUCGUUAGAGCAACCAACCUAGACUUAGAGGUAGGGUACGAUAAAAUGCAAUUUACGUAAACGGCAAAACGCAGGUGUUCUAAAGGGAUGGGCUUGCAUUUAUCCACCACGAUGCAACGCCUGCAGUACCUGUCCACUCCUCUUUACCUUCAGGUGUAUUACAUAACCUGAAUCAAGGUCAUUUUGCUUUCCAGUUGGUGUCGUCUGUUAGUUGUGUCAUGGCAGCUCUGAUGUAUUCGCUUAAAGGCAACAGACUUCUGUGUAUACAAAUGUUUGUGGAACUAUAUCUCAAGCUUACAGAAGGCAGCUGUGUUUAUUUUUGUUCCACGCGUGUGAUCGUCCAUCCGGAUUGUAUUCAAAGGAUUGCCCGGCGUUUAAAUGUAUAGGUUUUGCACAUUUGUUUUAAUUUGCAAUUUAUUUAACGUUUAAAUUUUGUGUUUGAGUGACGUGUAUUUACCUUUUCAUGCUCUAGAAAGCUAAGAGCCCUUGCCUUACUUUUCGUGGAAGCACAGACAAUGUUUCCUUCGUCAAAAGAAAAAUGUGCACGUCACAGGUACUCAACAUUAAAAUCAAUUGAAAGGAAGACCGAGGACGACAGCCCAAACAACUCAUUGUGGAAUAUUGAAACACUGUUUGGCGCACACGGUAACAGCCUUUUAAUGUUAGUGCAAUUUAUUGAUAUCGUACCGGGCAAGCUACAAACGUAGUCAACAAAAUAGACGAACUUAAAGUAUAAUCGAACGCAGGGGAAGUCGGAUGUUAUACCCAAUCCUUCUAAUAGGAAAUGGCGGACAAAUCAGACGUUAUCCAAUUGUGGAAUCCCGUGAUUUCCUUCUUUCGUUGUUACGCAAUUAUCCCUUUAAGACAAUGUCAUAAAGAGCCUCACUUUGAACGAUGUCGCGGUUCGUUUUGCUGGUGUUUGCUAGUUGCCUUUGUUUAUUUUUUCGCAUUUAUCAUUUCGAUCUUGCUCGUUAUUGAUACGUUUCAUAGCUCGUCAAAGAUGAUUGCAGAUGCGACGUUCUAUUUAAUUUACUAUGCUCAUUGCGAGAUGACCGUAGUGUUUUUCGUAUUUCGAUCGUCGGACUUGUUGCACCUUCUUCAACACUGGAUAGGAAUUGAACGUCUACUCGAAGAGAAUCAAAUAGUUUUAGGAAAAGCUGUUAAAUUUCAGUGUUGGUUCAUUUUUAUCGCUACUGUCAUCAUGUCCAAUCUGGAGAAUGGAUUGUACAUUACUGGCGCGGUGAUGGACGCUGAAAAUGUGACCGACAUCUUUUAUUUACUGGUGAAGUUGGCGGGCAAAGAAACUGAUUUAAAUCCUUACUUUGGUGACUACAAGGACAUCUAUGGAUUUGCUUUGAUUUUUGUCGAAUCGCUGAGCGAAGUCGCCUGGAUUUCCGGUGAUUUUAUAAUUGCGUUGGUCUCGAUCAUCUUGCGACGCUAUUACGAGGUACACUGCGAGCAAUUGCGAUCGCAACACGACGUCUCUUUCCAACAAUUGGAACGCCUGCGCCGAGUCCAGUUGGCGCUAUCUACGUUGACCCACAAAGUGGCUGAGAUUUUCUCGCCGUUGAUUCUCAUAACUAUCGGAUGCGACGUCAUUUACAUCCUGACGUUUUUGUACUCUGGACUGGACGCAGACAUUUCUAGUCCUAGUCUGCUCGUUCGUUUCAUUUUCACCUAUUCGUUCGCUUACGUCAUCCUGAGGCUGAUGUUUUCUGUCCACCUGGCUAGUCGGCUAACAGAAAUGCCAAAGAAGACGUUAGAUUAUUUGCAUAGGCUGCCUUCUCUAGCUGGCCACAGUAUGGAACAGCAAAGAAAUAGGCUGAUAAAGAUGAAUUUGAUAGCGCAAGAAAUUCAAAAUGAACCCACAGCACUUAGCGGAGGAGGUUUUUUUGUCUUGUCAAAGUCAUCGGCCGCAAAGCUAUUCGGUUUGAUCGUCACGUAUGAAGUUGUUAUGCUGCAAUUACCGCGCUAAGACACUGUCACAUACAACAUCUGCUAAUGUAUGUUGCACGACAUUACAAUUACAAGAAAAAUACUACAAGACAAAAAUAUACCAAUAUAAAAUACUAAAGACAGAAUAUGUGUCUAGUGCAACCUUAAAUCUUAAUCGAAGAAUAACGCUUUGUAGGUUAAUUGGCGGUGAGAAGUAAUGUCGUAUAGAAAAUAAAAAA